ACGCCGUAAAAAAACUCGUAUUAGGUAUACCUACUUAUACGUCGAAUACUACAGGCCUUUUAUGUAACAGUGACAAACAGAUAUUUAUACGUUUCUUCUUUUGGGUAACACCAAUAAGCAUUGACAAUAGGUGCGCAACCAUCACAACUGUUUAAACAAACCGCUACAAAAGUAACGCGCUCCUGCAGCAGUGUGACGUGGAUACAGCUAACAAAAUGUACAUCUUAAUUUCCUUGCUUUUAAUUCUACGAGCAUGUGCCGCUCAAGUGACGACCUACGAAACCGACAUGAAUUUCCGAGUAGAGGCAGGCGAUAGAACGUGUUUCUUCGAGAAAGGGAAAGCCGGGCAGAUUCUCGAAGCUUCGUACCAAGUGAUCGACGGGCAACAUGGAGAUCUGGACAUAUCAUUCGAUAUCGUGGCGCCCGAUGGGCAAGUACUAGCUUCAGACUACAAGCAGCCCUACAACUCGCUUAUAAUGGAGCUGGAGCAGGACGGGGACUAUGUGUUCUGCCUGGACAAUACAUUCAGCAGGAUGAACUCCAAGUUAGUGUUUGUAUACGUGAUGAUAGAGGAUAAAGUUGCUGAGAUAAUUGACAAAGCGACCGAGCAAGGAGUUAAUGUGGACGUCGAACAAGAAGAAGUCCUAGAGUGGACGGGGACGUUGCCGAACGGAGAGGUUUACUACAUGGAGGUGGCACAUAUUGCUGACUCGCUCACGCGCACCCUGAAGCACGUAGUGCGCGCACGCCAUCUGUUGGACAUGUACGGAGCGAGCAGGUCGCGCGACAUCUACGCAGCGUUCGAGGACACCUUCAUCGUCGACCUGUGGUCCGCUUUCCAGAUUACCUUCAUGUGUGCCGUCGGAAUGCUCCAAGUUUACAUGAUAAAGAAACUAUUCAAUAAGUCUACUAAAAAUGUACAUAGUUUUUAUUAGGUAUGCGUGUAAAGUACAGCCUAGAAAAACUUUAAUAAAAAAAAUAACCUUUCGAAAGUCGUUUGUCACGCCCCGAGUUAUUUUAAACGACAUUUAGCAUGUCUAAAUUGUCUAGCAAACAAAGCAUUCAUUUUUGCAUUUCUGCAUGAAUUACAUUAGUAAAUGUCUAUAAUAAACUAUUUACAUCCAACUGAGUCGUGACCGUGGGUAAUAAACGGUGGGUACAUUCAUUAGACAUUUUUUUUACACUUAAGUUUUAUUCUUACACAGAAUUGUUUUUAUGUAUGUUUAAAAAAAUGUUGGUUCAUUAAAUAAAUUACGUAAAUGUUUCGGAGAAAUCUAUGACAUUAGAUCAG